AUGGGCCAAGCGAUCUCGCAGGAGCCACCGUACCGUCGGUCGCAGGAGGAGUUGACGCAUGAACUUGCAAAUAAGUUCAAGAACAAGUGCUUCAGCUCACUAGAAUUCUACUCGCUGCAAGAUGUGUUCAAGAGCCUCUCCGAUCACCAGGACGCGAUUCACUACCUGAAGGAAGACACCGUUGCUCGAUUUCUCGAGAUACCAGAUAUCUUGGGCGCCUCACCGGUUAUUUUCCAGAUGAUAUCCUUUAUUGGCGCUUUUCCGUUUCUGCAGAACGCACCUGUCGUGCUGGAGCUCCCCCAGCUAAUUAUGGUUGUCGUCAUCCUUACCGAGCGCUAUCGAAAGGUCCUCGCAAAGGGGAGUGCUGAUCGCACAAAGCUGCUCUUCAGAAGUCUGGCCGUCCAUGACCGAAAGCACUCCAUGUCUGUUCCUUCAUCUCCGGUGAACCCAUCCUCGCAAACGCCUCGCGCCCAUCCUGGUGCCUUCGCCAUUGACGUGGCCACUGGCGAUGACGGCAAUGACGAGGACCUUUUUGGCGAUGACGAGGAUGAUGACCUCGUCCUCACGGCAUUUGAACUUUUAGAUAUUGAUGAUGCUGUGAAGAAAGGCGAUGCCCCAAGCUUCCUCGGUGCAAUGAUACCCACCGACAAUUUUAGGAAAUUGCUGAUGCUGCUGCUACUGACUGCUCCUUUAGAUGCGCAGGAGAGCUUGUCACAAUACUCUAGCCGCAUCGCUGGUGAUGGAAUCGAGGAUCUCCGUUCAACAGCCGAAUGCGUCCUUGCUUCGUUUGUUGAUGUUGAGCAGGCUCCUGGGAUCAAAUACGUACAUUUCAAAACUGUAAUAACCGAACUGCUCCCCAAUCUUUUUAAAGGUUUCGACGGUCUGUUCGAACACUUCUUAUUCUCCAAGAACCUGGACUUUUCAAAGCACGUCAAGAGCGCUGGUCAGCGAGCGGAUGAUACCACUGCGAUGGUUCAACCGCUCUUUACGGACACGGCCGAGAUCCUGAACGAUCACACGCUGGCUCAGCUAUCUUUCUUUCUUCCAGGCUCUUCGCUCUUCCGCCGAGUCAGAUUGCUAUAUUCCGGUAGCGAGUCCGGCUUCUCCAUGGGAAGCUUUGAGACAAAAGUUUUCAAUUGGCGGGCCCCAACUAUUCUUCUUGUGAGAGGUACCCGUCUCGGGGAUGUUCCGGAUGGUGGACAGGAGGCUUCAUUUGCCGACUCUUUACCUCCUAAACGGUUCCGUAACGGGAGCAAGUCCGAUCAGCUCACCUUUGGUGUCUAUUUGCGGGAACCCUGGAGACACACCCACCGAGAGUGCUUUGGCGACUCAGACACCAUCUUGUUCCAGCUUGAACCUGUUCACGAUGUGUUCCCAGCAUCAACUAUUAACAAAGAUUAUGUCGCAUUUAUGAAGCCUCCGGGGAAUGAAACGUCACUUUCGUUUGGUAUCCCGGUCCCCAAACCUUCCAAGGCCAGCCGGAGAGGUGGCGUCAAAUCACUGGGCCCGGUUUCUCUCUACUUCAAUGAUUCAUUUGAAUUUGGUGUCUUCAACCACGAUUACCAAUCCAGAGGCGGCGCCUUUCACAACAGCAAAAUACGCAAGUACGAUUUCCAGGAUCGUUUCCAGAUUGACAGUCUCGAGGUUUGGGGCUGUGGUGGCGAUGCUGAAGCCAAAGCCCAGGCUGAACGAUGGGCAUGGGAAGCAAGGGAAGCUGAAGCUCGCCGCAGAGUCAACCUCGGAACGGGUGACAUCGAAGCGGACAGAGCCGUAUUGGAGAUGGCUGGCAUUAUAGGGGGAAGUCGGAGCGGUGGCUCCAUGGGUUGA